AUCGCCCAACCGGCUGCGAACACCAUGGCGGAAGAGGUGAGGCGUAUGGAAGCAUCAGGAGUAGCGCGGUCCUCGAUCCCCCAGGCGCUCCGAGACCCCCAGUGGGCCAUCUCGGCCCGGCUGCGCCACACUGGCCAGUAGAUGCUCCUGGCCCGGCCGGAGCCCCCGCUCCGUCCCCUGUGCCCCCGACCCGGCCUCUCAGGGUUGCCCGAGCGAGCCCCGGGCUGCCCUUGGGCUCAGCGGCGGUGCCAGAGUCAGCCGUUCUCUCGGGUUUUGGGACAGGUGAGCAUCCUGAAGAAGGCCACGAUCCGGAUGCGGCAGCCCGGGCGGGUGCUGGAGAUCGUAAGCGCCCUCCGCAGAGGCGGGGGAGACCGUUUACAGGUCAUUUCUGAUUUUGACAUGACCUUGAGCAGGUUUGCAUAUAAUGGAAAGCGAUGCCCUUCUUCCUACAAUAUUCUGGAUAACAGCAAGAUCAUCAGUGAGGAGUGCCGGAAAGAGCUGAAAGCGCUCCUUCACCAUUAUUACCCAAUUGAGAUUGACCCACACCGGACCAUCGAAGAGAAGUUACCCCAUAUGGUCAAAUGGUGGACCAAAGCGCACGAUUGCCUGUGUCAGCAGAAAAUUCAGAAGUUUCAGAUAGCCGAGGUGGUUAGAGAGUCCAAUGCAAUGCUUAGGGAGGGAUACAAGACGUUCUUCAACACCCUCGACCAAAACAACAUUCCCCUUCUCAUCUUUUCCGCGGGCAUUGGUGAUAUCCUGGAAGAAAUUAUCCGACAGAUGAAAGUAUUCCACCCCAAUAUCCACAUUGUGUCAAACUACAUGGAUUUUGACAAAGAUGGCUUCCUUCAGGGAUUCAAGGGCCAGCUCAUACACACAUACAACAAGAACAGCUCCGUGUUCGAGAACUCCGGCUACUUCCAGCAGCUUAAGGGCAGAACCAACAUCAUCCUGCUGGGAGACACCAUGGGGGACCUCACGAUGGCCGAUGGGGUUCCGGGUGUGGAGAACAUUCUCAAGAUUGGCUUCCUAAAUGACAAGGUGGAGGAGCAGCGUGAGAGCUACAUGGACGCCUAUGACAUUGUGCUGGAGAAGGACGAGACUCUGGACGUGGUCAACGGGCUGCUGAAGCACAUCCUGCACCAGAGGGCCGGGUGGAGAUCCACGGCUCCUGAACGCGCAGGCGUGGGGCCAGUCCCUGCAGGCCUUGACGGAGAGGGCGCCUCGCUGCGAGGCCGCCCUGCCGUGAGCCUGCUCUUCCUGGUGUGUGCAGAGGAAAGCCCAGGGCAUCCAGAAGCUGCUGGAUCCUCGCCCCUCCCUCCUCCUUUCCCUGUGUGUGUUCUCCAAGGCCUGUGGGAGCCCUGCCAGGUGGGAGGCAGCAAAAGCCAUUCCAAGUGAACUGUGGACCUGUCGGGUGUUUGCAUUCCAGAAAUCAUUUGGUCCAGGAUUCCUUCUUUUAAACAUUUUAAACAUAGGAAGCUGUUCUUCAAACAAAUUGAAUGUGUAAAACAUAUCAAAAUAAAAGGAAAAAACCGGAGCUGUUCUGAUUUGGAGAGGGGAGCAGAGCCUGUACCCCUUGGCCCUGGAAGUGCAGGGAUCUCCAAGAAGCCUCUAGGGCUCCAUGGAACAGUUGGAAAACCUCCAGAUUAGCCCCAAAUACCCUCUGAGCACAGCCUAAAUGUGUCU